AUGAAGUUUGGCGAGUCCCUCAGCGAGGGCUUAGUUCCCGAAUGGAAGGGGCAGUACUUGGACUACAAAUUGGGAAAGAAAAUGGUCAAGGCAGCUUCCAAACGAAUGCAAGAAGAUUUCGAUUCUAGAAAACCAAAUGAUCUAACUCCUCUUCUCGAUGCUGAAAGACAAGGAACGGUGCCAGAUUCGUACAAUAUCGAUGAUCCAAACUUGAAUGAAAGCGAAAUGCAGCAGCAGCCAGAGACCCGUGCCAGUACAAAAAGUGGACCAAGCUCCAUAAAAUUUCCAUUUUUUGGUUCGAAAGAUAAGGCAACUUCUCUCAAGGAAAAAGACCAGUUCACCGAAUGGCUCGAUGAAGAGCUUGCUAAGGUGGAGCUGUUCUAUCGAGAAAGAGAACAAGAAAUUUACGAAAGAUUUUUGCUUUUACAGGAUCAACUAUACCAACUUCGGGAGCAGAAAAAGGUGAACCGUACCGUGGCAGCAAAGCACAAUCGUGAGAGCCAUCGUAUCGCCCAUGUGCCCCAGACCGAGGCAGUAUAUCAUACAGUAAAUGAGUUGGCAUUUCAUACUCGUUCAGCGUUAUCUAUGUUGCAACGGUUAGAAUUACCGUCCCUUCCUUCCACGGUGUUUCUCAAACAAUGGAGAAAGAAACGACGUUCGGACGACGUUUCUAUGACAGACGAAUACAUAUACGACCCCAAUUCUGCCCAGAACCGUAUCAGAAAUGGGCUAUCAUUCGAUAACGACGAUGAAAGUUCAAUAGAUUCUGAGGGUCAAAAAGCCCUGAGUGUUACCUCGGGCUCCGAUGAAAGUGCUUCUCAAGUUCCGGAUGCUAUCCGUGAAAACAACUCCUUGAAUACAAGGCGGGACUACUCGGUGAAAAAGCAGUAUCGUGUUCCAUACCUCUAUGCCAGAAAACAGCUAAAGGAUGCAAUGCUUGAGUACUAUAGGUCUCUUGCAUUGUUGAGAUCGUAUAGAAUCCUCAACCGUACAGCGUUUAGGAAAAUUACAAAGAAAUUCGACAAGGCUACGGGAUCGUCCGUGUGCAAGAAAACUAUGGGCAAGAUUGACAAAGAAGCCUAUUUCCAAACUAGUGACAUGUUGGACAAAUUGACCACUCAAGUUGAAGAGUUGUAUAUCACUUUUUUUGAUCAGGGUACAAGUGAGCGUAAGCAUUCGUUGGAAAAGUUGAAAAGCAUGACAUACGCUCUCAAUAACACGGAUAUACGACAGCCAACUUACUAUCCUUCGUUGUUUCUUGCAGGAAUAUUGUUGGGCUUUGGUAUCCCAUUGUUCGUUCUAGGCUUGUAUACCGCUUUGCAUGCUACACUUUCUGGACAACUUCCUGAGGGCAAGUUCCUAUUACAAGUUUGGGGUGGAUUCUUCCUCGUGAACCUAAUAACCAUCCUUUUUGGCAUCAAUCUCUACGUGUUUGAUUUGUUCAGGAUCAACUAUAAGUUUAUCUUUGAGUUCAACAUUGCUACCGCCCUUGAUCUCAAACAGUUUUUCCUUCUUCCAUGUUUGGGAUUUGCCUUGUUGUCUUUACUAGCAUGGUUCAGUUUCAAUGAUUAUUGGCCAAGCGAUUUUCCAGGCCGUGAUUGGCCUUGGAUAUUUUUCGGUAUUAUGCUCGUCAUAUUCCUCUGGCCAGGAAGUCAAUUGUAUGGUUCAAGCAGACGAUGGCUUCAAGUGGCUCUUUGGAGACUUCUUCUUUCCGGCUUUUAUCCUGUCGAGUUCAGAGACUUCUUCCUUGGCGACAUUCUUUGCUCUUUAACCUACAGCUCCGGUAACAUCCCAUUCUUCUUUUGCUUGUAUGCCCAUCAUUGGAGAGGUAUAAUUGGCGGGGGAAAAAAUACUUGUUCGUCUUCAAGCUCGAGAGUCAUGGGAUUCUUCAGCAGCUUGCCAUCGAUUCUCCGUUUUCUUCAAUGUGCUCGGCGUUACAUGGAUACUGGGGACUGGUUCCCGCAUCUUGCUAACAUGUCAAAGUACAUGAUAACCACGAUUUAUUAUUGCUUGUUGAGUGUCUAUCGAAUUGACCGAACCAACCAGACGCGAGCAGCUUUCAUAUUCUUUGCAUGUAUCAACUCUUUAUACACCUCGUCGUGGGACAUUUUUAUGGACUGGUCGUUGAUGCAACCUCAGGCAAAGCACUUUCUCUUGAGAGAUACAUUAUUUUUCAAAAAUCCCCUUGUCUACUACCUUGCAAUGGUCACCAACGUGAUCUUGAGGUUCCAAUGGAUCUUCUAUGCGUUUUUCAGCAAUCAAGUCCAACAAUCGGCCGUUACUAGUUUUUGCAUAGCGCUCGCGGAGAUUGUGAGAAGAUUCAUAUGGAUAUUUUUCAGAAUGGAGAACGAACACAGAACAAACGUGAUACUUUUCCGGGCCUCCAGAGAUGCGCCGUUACCAUAUCCAAUCAGUCCCCAUAUGGAAAUGGCUGCCAAAAAAUUGGUAAACUUGCGCUACAAUUCCGUUGGUGGUGCGAACACAGAUUGGGUUAACAAUAAUGUGAGGCACGGUGGCACUUCUACAGCUACUGGAACGUCUCGCGGACGCGAGUCGGGUCGCAGCGGUGACACUGGAACAAUUCAAUCUGGAGCCAAGUUGUCUCGGCGUAAAUCGACAAUUGCCAAUAUUAGCGAUGCCGUUAAUCGGGCGCAUAUCAAAGAUUUCCAGCGGAGAAGAGUAUCGUAUGUGGAAGAAGACUACAGUGACGAUGAAGAGGAUGGUGAGCAAUCGGAAGCUAAUUAG